UCGUAGUAGUAGCAGAAGAAGAAGAAGAAGAGCCGCCGCAGAGGAACGCAGGCGCGAGCCCUUCUGCGCGUGAACACAGCGAUGUCGGAGUCUCCGGACGCCCGCAGCUUGCUCUCGGCUUCCUCCCAGCUCAACCUGGCGGAGAUGGACCCGAUCGAUGACAAGGAGUUUGACAUUCCCCAAGUAGACACACCUCCCACACUGGAGAGCAUCCUGAAUGAGCUGGAGGACGAGGAGGAACCGUUUGUGUUGGAGGACACCUGCGUGCUAAACACAGACAACAUGGACGCUCACUCCUGUGACACCUCCUCUCUGGCCAGCUCUGACAGUGGAGACCCAGCACACCUCAAAAGGAAGAGGAGGACCGUGGAUCUAAAUGCGACCGUUCAUGGGUCUGUUCUUCGACACAGCCUGCUGAAGGGCAUCUCUGCACAGAUCGUUUCUGCUGCUGACAAAGUGGAUGCUGGACUGCCAACUGCUAUAACCGUGUCGGGUGUGAUCGCUGUGGGAACGUCUCAUGGUCUGGCUCUGGUCUUUGACACCAAUCAGGCUCUCCGGCUCUGUCUGGGUACCAAGGCAACCGGGGCAGAGUUUGGAGCGGUCUCUGCCCUCAGCAUCAACCACGAUUGCUCGCGACUUCUCUGCGGCUUCGCCAAAGGACAGAUCACAAUGUGGGAUCUAGCCAGUGGGAAGCUCCUGAGAACAAUCACUGAUGCCCACCCUCCAGGGACAGCUAUACUGCAUGUGAAGUUCACAGAGGACCCGACUCUUGCGGUGUGCAACGACAGCGGAGGGUCCGUUUUCGAGCUGUCUUUCAGUCCCCGUCCCACUCCCUUUGUUCCCAGGAGGGUGAUGGGGAUGCGAUCCUGUGACUCUCGAUGUCUCUUCAGUGGUUCUAAAGGGGAGGUCUGCUGUAUUGAACCGCUACGCGCUCCUCCAGACUUCAGAGAGCAUCCCAUCACACACUACUCUCUGCUGGCUAUGGCCUCUCUCACCAAGAUUCUGGUGAUUGGACUGAAGCCCUCGCUGAAGGUCUGGAUGACUUUUCCCUACAGCAAGUCUGAUCCGUCCAGUGUUCCUCAGCUGGCCUGGCAGUUUGUUCCUGUUCAGAAGACCGUCAACCCGAUGCUGGCCUUCUGCAAAGGAGACACGGUCCACUUCCUCCUGGUGAAGAAGGAGGAGACGGGGACCAUCCACGUCAUCAAACAGAAACAACUCCACCUCAGCUGUGACAUCAUCAGCCUGAGUUGGAUCAACAGUCGCACUCUGGUUCUCGUAGACAGCCAUGAAAAGCUGCAGGUCGUGGACCGGCCCAGUCAGGAGGUUUUGGAGACUCUGGACUUGGAGCAGGUGCAACUGGUCUAUAACAGCCGGCAUUUCAAAUCGCUGGCAACUGGAGGGAAUGUCUCCCAGGCUCUGGCUUUAGUCGGAGAGAAGGCCUGCUACCAGUCGGUCUCCAGCUACGCAGGGCAGAUUGUCUAUUUGGGUACCAAGUCGGCUCACAUUAUGGCUCUAAGGAACUGGAGAGAGCGUAUCGACUGCCUGCUGAAGCAGGAGCAUUUCGUUGAGGCUCUCUCUCUGGCCUGGUCCUUCCACGAGGGCACUGCUAAAGCUGUGGUCGGCCUGUUGGGAGAUCCAAUGAAAAGGAAAGGAGUCGUGAGUGACAAGAUGGUCGAGAUCCUCUUCCAGUUGGCAGAGCACGCUUUGAAAAAGUGUCCAGAGCACGGCAAGAUCCAAGUGAUGGAGCAGCACUUCCACGAUGUGGUUCCAGUCCUGGUGGAUUACUGCCUGCUGCUGAAGAGGGCUGACCUGAUGUUCAACCAGCUGUACACUCAGCUGGUGGAGAACACGGUCGCUAAGGGCGUCUUUCUGGAGUCACUGGAGUCGUACAUCGUUGCGGACCGUCUCGGUCACCUCACCACGCCCAUCAUGAAGGACCUCCUGGCCCAUUACCAUGGCAACGGUAUGAUGGACAGCCUGGAGAGAUGCAUUGUCCACCUGGAUGUGACCAGCCUGGACAUACAGCAGGUGGUUCAAGUGUGUUGGGAAAACCAACUCUAUGACGCAAUGAUCUACGUGUUCAACAGCGGCAUCAAUGACUACAUCACACCUAUGGAGAAACUCUUUGCCGUGAUUGGCCCACAGCUCAGAGCGGGGAGGAGCCUAAAAGAUGAGGAAGUGGUGAUGGGAAACAAACUGCUGGUGUACAUAAGCUGCUGUCUUGCAGGAAGGGCGUAUCCACUUGGAGACAUCCCUGAAGACCUUGUGGUCCAAGUCAAGAACCAGGUGUUUGAGUUCCUUAUCCGUCUCCAUUCAGGCGACUCGUUGGAGGAGGAGGAGGUCUUCCCGUUUAUUCGUACACUCCUCCACUUUGACACCCGGGAGUUCCUCAACGUCCUCGCCAUGACGUUUGAAGACUUUAAGAACGAUAAGCAGGCCCUUGAGUAUCAGCAGAGGCUCGUGGACAUCUUACUUCAGGUGAUGGUGGACAACCCAGACUUCACUCCAUCCCAGGUGGGCGGGCUCUUCACGUUUUUGGCUCGCCAGUUGGCCAAACCAGACAACACGCUUUUUGUGAACAGGAAGCUCUUUGAUCAGGUUCUGGAGUUCCUGUGUUGCCCUGACGAUGACUCCAGACACACUGAGAGGCAGCAGGUGUUGCUGGAGCUCCUGCAGGUUGGGGGUGUGGUCCAGUUUGAUGAAGGGAGGCUGUUGGCUCUGGCAGAGAAGGCCAAGUUCUACCAAAUCUGUGAAUUCCUUUAUGAGAAGAAACAUUUAUACGACAGGAUCAUUGAUUGCUACCUGAGGGACCCGCUCAGAAAGGGGGAGAUCUUCAGCUUCAUCCACAACCUGCUGUCCAUGCCCGGCUACGGCCCCGAGGAGAAACACACAGUCAGAGACAAAGUCCUUCAGCACAUUCAGGAGCUGGUGACCCUUGACCCCAGCAAGUCGGCUGACCUAGUGGUGUUUCACUUCACGAAAGAGGUGCAACAGAUCAUCUCUGAGCUUCAGGAUGACCGGCUACUUUUCCAGUUCCUCAGCUGCCUCCUGGAGCCACGGGAAGGCCAUCAUCCAGGGACCGUCCUGCCCCUGGAACGUGACCUCCAUGAGCUUCUGCUGGACCUACUGUGCCGCUUUGGACCCCAGCAGCUCCUGAGCUUCCUCCAGACCUCCCAGCACUACAGACUGGAGGAGGCCAUACAAAUCACACAGAAGUACCACCACAACGAGGCUACGGCCUAUCUGCUGGAGAAGAAGGGAGAUGUUCAUGGAGCUUUUGCUGUCUUGUUAGAGACAUUGAAGGAAACACUAAGCGUCCUCACUGCUGAGAGUGACAGAGCAGCUGACGGAGGAGAAGGAAGACGGGAUGAAGAAGAGAGAGAGAGCGAUUCAACUCUGACCCGCGUCAAGGAUUCACUGAAUGACAUCAUCGUCUUGGGUCACCGAAACUCUGACAGCCUCUACCAGCAACAAAGAGAGGCUCUGUGGUUUCCCCUUCUGGAGACCAUGAUGGCUUCUCAAAAACUAGUGAAGGGACUCAAAGAUGAGCACACAUUUGAAGUGCUGAAGGAGCUGACGAUGAAGGUUCUCAACUGUAUGAGCAGCUUUAUUUCUCUGCCGGCCAUCAUCCAACGAAUACUGCAGGACCCGGUCUAUGGGAAAGGAAAGCUGGCAGAGAUCCAAGGCCUCAUUCUGGGCAUGCUGGACACGUUCAACUAUGAACAGACUUUACUUGAAACAACCACCAGUCUUUUGAACCAUGACCUCCACUGGUCCCUCGCUCACCUGCGCGCUGCUGUCACAAGGGGACUCCACCCACGACAAGACUACUGUAACAUCUGCCUCCAGCAGUACAAGAGGAGGCAGGACUCCGCUGAGGAGAUCAUCGUGUUCAGCUGUGGCCACCUGUACCACCAGCAGUGCCUGCAGCAGAAGGACUCUGGGUGGGGUGUCACUUCAGAGCUGCCACAGCGUUGGAGCUGCUACAAGUGUUCCUCCAGCCAAGGAGGAAGGGGCGGGCCUUCCACCGAACCCAAAAGAGACCGCAGUACGUCCCUGGCUCAGACUCGUGUGACAUCCGUGCUUCAUGACGCAGGAGCGGAGGCUCACGGGAACAAGGUGUUUCUUGAUGCGACGUUGGACCUUCAGCAGAAGCAGUCCUGGGAUCAGCUACGCUGUCUGUACCGAGGACCCUCCAGGCUGUCCAUCCUGUCGGAGCUCUCCCACGGCCACAGCGGCGACAAGGCCGGGCUUCUCAUCCCAGCCCAACCCGGAGCUGAUCAUUUCCAACUGAAGCUCUGUCCUCCACCUUUAUUGGAAGAGUAGCACCACGUUGGUCGACGUUUUUUUUCUUCUCCAAAAUGUUUAUUUCAAAACAAAACGUGUCGAUAUUGAUAACAUUUGGUUCACUGAUAAUUCUGCCGAAUGUGGCUUUAAUUUCAUUGUUUGUGUACUCCAGCUGGCUGAACCCUCUGUGGUGUGUAUGUUGGCGCUGGGAUGUCAAAAGAUGAAUCCUCUGACUGUUUGAACCAGUAAAAAGAGAAACCCAAGCUACUUUGACAUCGCUUAUUUCACAACGUUAAUAUGAAACACGGGAUCCAAAAGUGCACUGAUUGUAACUGAUAAAUAUUUUGUGAUUGGAUGUUUCCUAAUGUUGUGGCUCAUUGAUCUUCAGUUUGUAUGUCCACAGAUAUUUUCUGAAAGUUGUUCAUCUAAAGAACUUGAGAUUUUAAUGUUCAUAUGACUCAUGGUCACCUUCAUGAAUGGUACUUUUUUACUUCCUGGACACCUCCCAAAGUCCUCCCAUUUCAGUUUCUAUUGCUGUGGACUGGUCGAGGAAGAACAUGAGGGGCCCUGAGUCUCUGGAGCAGAGGAUGAGGGGCCCUGAGUCUCUGGAGGCAGAACAUGAGAGGCCCUGAGUCUCUGGAGCAGAGGAUGAGAGGCCCUGAGAACAUGAACAUGAGGCCCUGAGUCUCUGGAGCAGAGGAUGAGAGGCCCUGAGUCUCUGGAGCAGAGGAUGAGAGGCCCCGAGUCUCUGGAGCAGAGGAUGAGGGGCCCCGAGUCUCUGGAGCAGAGGAUGAGAGGCCCCGAGUCUCUGGAGCAGAAGAUGAGGCCCUGAGUCUCUGGAGCAGAGGAUGAGAGGCCCCGAGUCUCUGGAGCAGAGGAUGAGGGGCCCCGAGUCUCUGGAGCAGAAGAUGAGGCCCUGAGUCUCUGGAGCAGAGGAUGAGAGGCCCCGAGUCUCUGGAGCAGAGGAUGAGGGGCCCCGAGUCUCUGGAGCAGAGGAUGAGAGGCCCCGAGUCUCUGGAACAGAGGAUGAGAGGCCCCGAGUCUCUGGAGCAGAGGAUGAGAGGCCCCGAGUCUCUGGAACAGAGGAUGAGAGGCCCUGAGUCUCUGGAGGCUGGACCUGGGCCUGGAAGGCCGGGUCAAACCUUGCUUUCUGGGCCCCGUGGAUGUGGAAGCGCGCCAGAAGAGCCGUGUCAUUGUUUUACUCUGAGGUCCAUCUGUUUUGGCUUCAUGGGCCACUGAGCUCCUUCCAUAGGUAUGAGCAGCAUCCUGUGCUCUUUAUACAUCUGGUUAAAAUCACAACUUAACUUCAGAAUCACUUCCUUCUAUUUUCUAUCAAGAAAGGGAUUGAAGUUGAAGUGCAUCUCUUCAUCAGAUUGUAAUCACAAACCUGAAGAUGCAGAGCUCAAUACAACCACAGCAAAGUUAUGGCAGUAAUAAUCAAAUCUGUGAUUACAUUCAAGUCACAAAUACAUUCCAGCGAGAGCAGAGUUAACGCCUUGUGUUUCGGAGACGGGAGGUAUAAUAUCAUUUUUAUAAUUUAAUAUGAUCACAGCCCAAUGUAUAAGACUGUAGCUUCUACUUAUGUUUCCCCUGGAAAUAAGUCAGCUGAUCAGCUAAUCCUUAUUUCACUUGUGGGAAAAUCCCCAAAAUGUAGUUAUUUUUUUAAACCGCUGUUCAAUAAAGGCACUGAGCCCAUAA